CAUUUAAGAACAAAUAGGUGUGUCAAUGUUUGUAUUUAUUUAAUAGCAGUGGUCAGUUGUUGUAGGUGUGGACACACCAUUAAAAAAAACUAUUUAUUUAUUUAUUUGUCAGAUCCAGAUCCAGUUCUCCCUAAGCGUGUGUGGGUUUCCUCCCACAUUCCAAAAACAUGCUAGGUUAAUUGGUGACUCCAAAUUGUCCAUAGGUAUGAAUGUGAGUGUGAAUGGUUGUUUGUCUAUAUGUGCCCAAACAUGGUGAGAAUAAGCGGCAUAGGGAAUGGAUGGAUGGAUAUUAAUUGGUGGAUUUUUCUGAUAUUUAUUUUAUUUUUCCACAAAUCUGUCUACAUGGGAAUAGAAAGUCUUCAUGAUACAAGUCAUAUAUUUUCAUGGAAAUAAAAAUAGUUUGGGUUGAGAAUUUGGCAUGGUGUUUCUUCUAAUGUGGACCAUGCAGAACCAGCCCAACCCCGCUAUAAAUAAAUACUGCCAAAACCUUCAGAGGAACAGAACACAGAGCCUGGAGACAACAAGGGAACAUUGCACAAUGAAGAUUUACAGUGGUUUAAUCCGAGAAAGCACCUUGGUGUUUCUCCUGUUCGUGGGUUUCCCAAGCAAGACUUGCUCAUCACAUCAGCUCUCAGAAUGUGGUCCAGAAGUAGCAGUCCUCAAGCGGAGUAUCAAGAAACUGGAAAACAAACUCAUCAUCGGAGCUUGGCAGGUGGAAUACUUGCAAAGGCACAAACACUUCCGUCCAAAAACACCUGCUCAGAUGAUGUCAACAUCUGCGCCACACACUGAUUCCAACAACAGCAGCAGCAGUGUUGGAACGUUGGCCAGCUCCAACAUGACAACACUUCCACCAGCAGGAAGCUUGAUCGUCCAUGACAGAGACUGUUCCGAGUUGUUUGACAGAAUGAGACCACCAAGUGGUUUUUACCGCAUAAGACCCAAAUCUCACCAGGAGCCCUUUUUGGUCUACUGUGACAUGGACGACGGAGGUGGAUGGACUGUUUUCCAGAGACGGCGACAUGGAAAAGUUGACUUUGACAGGGACUGGGUAGACUACAGAGACGGAUUUGGAGACUUCAAACUGUGGAAUGACGAGUUCUGGUUGGGAAACGAGCACAUGUACUCUCUGCUCUCCGAAGGUAAGAACCUGAUGAAGAUCGACCUAAUGGACUGGGAAGGAAAGAGAAGUCAUGCUUUUUAUGACCACUUCCACAUCACCAACGAGGCCGAUCGAUAUCGCCUCCAGUACGGGAUGUACAGCGGUCAAGCUGGGGAUGCCCUGGCAGGCGGCGGGGGCAUGGUGGAGCAGUGGUCCGCCUGCCUCAGUGGCAUGCAGUUCAGCACCAGGGAUCAGGACAAUGACCGAUAUACUCAAGGCAGCUGUGCUCAGGAGAAUAAUGCUGGUUGGUGGUACAACAGAUGCCAUGUUGCCAACCUGAAUGGGAAGUUCUACCGCAGAGGGAAGUAUAAGGGUCAGUUUGACAAUGGGGUGGUGUGGGGCACCUGGAGGGGCCUUUGGUAUUCGCUCCGUCACACCACCAUGAAGGUGCGCCCUCUGCUUUUCUUGGACGCCAUGGGCAGUGGUGGCGGGGAUAUUUAAAUACACAAAGCAUCGCAUAUGUCAUUCAUCUUGAAGACAGACGACUGUUUCAUUAUUCUCUGACAAUAUCUUUGCUUUUUUUGCAAAUAAUCACUCAAUCCCAAAA